CUAAGUCCAACCCAACCACGAAAUGAAAGGACGAUUCAUUUUGUUUUAUUUACUUUGGAUACUACCCGUUCGUGGCUCCAUCCCUUUAGAGUAAUUGGAAUUUAAACUUUCUGUUAAGGAAUGUCUAUUUCCUGCUGUGGGAGUUUAUUAAACAAAGGGCUACUUGUGGGGAUUAGCGAGUACAUAAAAACAACAUAACGAUUAACGGUUGCCGUGAUGGACGUGACGCAUUCGUGUAGCUGCUGCUUGCGGUGUCCCCCGGACAAGGACUUGACGACGCCGUACACACAUCUCGGCAUAACGGAGAUAUAUGCCGACAUGAUCAAAGAGUGCUUUGAUAUACAUCUGGUGGUGGGCGGCUCGGGCUCGUGCGGCAUCUGCUCGGCGUGCGUGGGCCGCCUGCGAGACGCGAGCGACUUCAAGCUGCAAGUGCAGCGCAGCCAGGCGGAGCUGCAGGCACUGCUUAUUAAAGCGGAGCCUGCGGUCGAAUCUGAGCAGGCUGAUGAUGGCGCGGACGAUAAAUCUGUUUAUGAUGCGUUAUAUGAAGAGCCCAUACUGGUGGAGCAGUCGGAGGUCGGCGAAGAGAAGAGCAAGGUACUCAUGGAUGUAGACCCCCUCGUCAAGUCGGAGACGGAUGAUGUGCUGAGUGACGGAGACUCGUCAGCGGCGGUGUGUUCGGACGGCAGGGCCGCCAGCGCCAGGGAACAGCUCGCGAUGGCGUGUACCGUGGUGCUCGAGCGCCUCAGCGACGACGCGACUGUUCACAGUGGAGACAAACCAUACUACUGCGAACACUGUGGCAAGCUUUAUAGAAACAAGACUAUUUUAAGAAAACACAUAGAAAACAAACACUUGUCGAUCGGACCAAAACCAUUUGCUUGUGAUUUUUGUAGUUCUACUUUUCAAACAAAAUUGCUUGCAAUUGAACAUGACAAAAACGAACACGUGAUAAAAAUUGAACGUGAUAAAAAUUUCAUGUGUGCUGAAUGUGAGUAUACAACAAGUUCAAAGAAAAUUUUAGAGACUCAUUUAAAGAGUCACACAGUUGAGAAUAAUUUUAAGAGUGUCCACUGUAAAGGCACAAGUUCGUGUAAAGGUGAUUUACACAAACCUCAAUCAAUAUACAUUGAUGGAAAGCCUUUUCAAUAUAGCGACUACGAUUUCCUAUGCAAUCAGAGAACACACCAGAUGAUACAUACUGGCGAGAAGCCUUUUCAGUGUAGCCUCUGUGAUUACAAAUGCAGUCGGAAAUCACAUUUAAAAAUACACCUGUUGACACACAGCGCGGAAAAGCCAUUUAAAUGUAGCAAUUGCGAAUACAAAUGCAAGCGGAGAGAACACUUGCUACAACAUCAGAUAAUACACACUGAGGAAAAGCCAUUUCAAUGUAGCAACUGCGAAUACAAGUGUAGGCGGAAAAGACACUUGCUAGCACACCAGAAUACACACAACAGAGAGAAGCCGUACACAUGUAAUUAUUGCGACUACAAGAGCAGUGACAAGUCAAAAUUACGAACACAUGAAAGGACACAUGCUGGCGAGAAGCCUUUUCAGUGUAGCCACUGUGAUUACAAAUUCAGUCAGAAAGGACAUUUAAAAAGACACCAAAUGAUACACACUGCCGAGAAGCCGUACUCAUGUAGUCAUUGCGACUACAAGAGCAGUGAUAAGUCAAAAUUACAAGCACAUGAAAGGACACAUACUGGCGAGAAGCCUUUUCAGUGUAGCCUCUGUGAUUACAAAUGCAGUCGGAAAUGUUAUUUAAAAAUACACCUGUUGACACACAGCGCGGAAAAGCCAUUUCAAUGUAGCAACUGCGAAUACAAGUGUAGGCGGAAAGAACACUUGCUAGCACACCAGAAUAUACACAACAGAGAGAAGCCGUACACAUGUAAUUAUUGCGACUACAAAAGCAGUGACAAGUCAAAAACACGAACACAUGAAAGGACACAUACUGGCGAGCUUUUUCAGUCUAGCCACUGUAAUUACAAAUUCACUCGGCAAUCACAUUUAAAAAGGCACCAGAUGAUACACACUGGGGCAAAGCCAUUUCAAUGUAGCAAUUGCGAAUACAAAUGCAAGCGGAGAGAACAUUUGCUACAACAUCAGAUGAUACACACUGGGGCAAAGCCAUUUCAAUGUAGCAAUUGCGAAUACAAGUGUAGGCGGAAAGAUCACUUGCUAAAACAUCAGAUGAUACACACUGGGGCAAAGCCAUUUCAAUGUAGCAAUUGCGAAUACAAGUGUAGGCGGAAAGAACACUUGCUAGCACACCAGAAGAUACACACCGGUAAGAAGUCGUACACAUGUAGUCAUUGCGACUACAAGUGCAGUAAUAAGCGAACCUUACGAGGACACGAAAUUAUACAUACUGGCGAAAAGUACUUUCAAUGUAGCUACUGUGGUUGCACAUUCAGGCGGAAAUCAAACUUACGAGAUCACAUAAAAAUACACACAAAUCCUUACAAGUGUAGUUAUUGCGAUUACAAGUGCAGUGAUAGUUCUAAGUUACGAAUACACGAAAGGAAACAUACUGGCGAGAAGCCGUUCAAAUGUAGCCACUGUGAUUACAAAUUCAGUGAUAAAUCCAACCUACGACGUCACCAGAAGACGCAUACUGGGAAGCCUAAAAAGUAAUAAUUGCAACUAACAAGUGCUGCCUGAAACAGCACCUGCGACACCUAAAACAUAAAUGAUGUACCUAAUUAAGAGGAUAGUAGAGGACCGCGUCUCCACAUGAACGUAGUCUACCUUUUCCUCUCUGAAUAUUGAC